AUGGAGGUGGACCCCGGUCAUGAGUCCGACGGCGAGCUUCCUGACGAGGGGCCAAUUGAGGACCCUCUUGUUCCUCCUGAGGACGAAGAUGACGAGGCCGAGGACGACGAUGUUCGUGAGGUCAUCGACGAUCGUGAGGACGACGACGUUCAUGAGGUCGUCGAGGAACCCAUCGAAGUCGCCCCCUGGGAUCUAGUUGACCCCGACUUUUUGUCAAACAAGCACCUUGCGGAUCGAGGAUUCAUAAAUAAGGGAGAGAAAGCCGGCGAAGCGGAGCAUCUUGCUUACUCUACGUGUUGGUUGUCUGCAGCCGGUAUGUGUAUCUUUGUUCGAAAUUUGCGAACGCCGUUCGUAAUCUUGUGA